AUGGAAGGCAAGACCGAAAGUCAUAUGACAUCGGCAGCCGCCUUUGUGGAAGGGGGGAUUCAAGAAGCCUGUGAUGAUUCUUGCAGCAUAUGCCUUGAGGAUUUUUGCAAAAGUGAUCCUGCAACUGUCACUAAUUGCAAGCAUAGGUUCCACCUGCAAUGCAUUCUGGAAUGGUGUCAGAGAAGCUCUCAAUGCCCUAUGUGUUGGCAGCCUGUCAGCUUGAAGGAUGCUACCAGUCAAGAGCUGCUUGAGGCAGUAGAGCUGGAGAGGAGCUUGAGGGAUACCCCAUCAAGAAAUGCUGCUAUUUUCCAUCAUCCAGCAGUUGGUGAUUUUGAAUUGCAGCAUCUACCCAUGGGACAUGAGUCUGAAAUUGAAGAGAGAGUCAUUCGGCAUUUAGCUGCUGCAGCAUCAAUGAGGAGAGCACACCACCUCGGCCGAAGGGAAGCUCAACGAACUAGGUCAUCUACUCAUGGCCGUCCACACUACUUAGUAUACUCAACUCAGCCUAGUGCAUCUCCAUCAGCUGCCGGAGGGGGAAGUGAACCAGCUGCAAUUCCUGUAGGGAAUCCAUCUGCCCCUCUUAUAUUUGAUGGAGCUGAGCAAUCAUCACCACAGCAGAUGCCUCAAUUUCCAACUCGGAGUUCUUCUUUAAAUUCUGGUUCUACUGUCGCAACAAGUAAUCUUCAAGGAGUUCACUCUAAUGAUAGAAGUUUUGCCUCUCAUUCCUUGCCUGCAAGCCAUGAUGGAGCACAGCCAUCCGAGCAAUCAUUCUCAGAUUCUCUGCUUUCCAGAUUUAAUGCAGUAUCCAUGAGAUACAAAGAAUCAAUUUCAAAGGGCACAAGGGGAUGGAAGGAGAGGCUGUUCUCUCCAAAUUCUUCCAUGUCAGAACUUGGUUCAGAAGUUAGGAGAGAAUUGAAUGCCAAAAUUGCUAGUGUGUCCCGAUUGAUGGAGCGCCUUGAAACAGCAAGAGAAGCAAGAGAAAAUAAUAGCGCUGCAGGCAGUUCUUUAUCAAAUCAUUUGGUGAAUCAUUCCAUCGCAGAGACAAGCCACCAAAACAGUGUGGAAGUUCGAGGAGAGAACUCUUUACGUGACAAUAAUACUCCAGCUACUUUUUCUGCUAGCCCAGAUUCGAAAUGA